UAUGCCAUAUCUCACUGGGGAAUGGCGUUCUGCGACGAGCUGUUAACUGUUGACUGUCAGUGAAUGCGGAUACACAAAUCUGUUUAUUUACUGAUUUGUUGUGCAUGUUUGUGUUUGGAGAAGUACAUUUUAAAAAAUAAAAGGCAUCACAGUAGGUUAUUUUACGUUUUCCUGGAGGACUGUACAUGAAUAGAAUUAAUCCAUGAGCUUUUAAUAGGUAUAGAUUAAAGUAAAUGGAGCCUACACACUAAGUUAUACUAAAUAGGGCCAUUAAACUGUUUUCUAUCACUUAUCUAGAUUUGUUGUGUGUUUGUAUUAGUCUAUAAAUCUUUAUAAAUGCCUCAUUCCUAAAAAAAAAAAAAAAAAGGAUUAGGGUGUAUCUUCUGGCAUGUACAUGGUAACACAGAUGCUUAUAGACUGACUUUGGUGUCCACUGUGAUUCAAUGUCCAGUUUUAUCCAGACAAACAUGACAGCAUCACUCAAUGAAUGCAUGAAGUCUGACUCCAGCACCUGUUGCACACCUGACAGGGGGUAGCCUAUGUGCCUUUUACGUAUGUUGCUUUGAGUUUGUAUCCCAUCAGGAUACUUGGACGAUGCAGCAGCCUUAAAAAGAGUCCUAAUUGCAUUUUGUGCUGUAGUUAAAGUUGGCGUCCAAGAGGCAGCUUCUUCUCAGGCGUUCAAAUUCAAUUAAGCUGCUGUCGACGGGCUCUCAUGUUUUCCGUUGUUGAAGAGGCUGCUGAUGCCAGCACUGUGAUCAGCAGCAUGGUGCAACAGGCACAAGGAUCCUCACACAAAUGAUUGAUAGCCUGGUCAUCUCACUGAACAUCCCACGACUGUACCCUGACAUUAUUAUCAUCCGUUCACCCUCUUUCCUCAACACUACCGUCCAGCUCGUCUUCCCUCCUACUCAACCUGUGGCCUAUUUAUACCCUGGAGACUCGAAGAACAUGAAUCAUAAAACACAUGGUUUGUCAAAUCUCAAGCCUCUGUCACUUUUCUUCAUCCCCUACAAAUACGGAGAUCUACGGCUGUAACCCUCUACGAUUCUCGGAAUACGAUAAGACUGCAGCUGCUUUCAGUCUCAGAUGACAGACUGUGGAUGAUCUGGCUUUGAUCCACAGACAGAUGAUUUUGUCAUUGUUCUAAGUAUUGAUUGAAUCAUCACACCAGAUGUGAGAUGUGAAGCAGGACACCGAAAGGAUUCUUUUUGUAAAUGUCUCACACAUCUAAAGUCAUCAACCAGUCCCAGGGAUGAGCUAAGCCCUUUCCAGCCUGAGCGUCCCUUGCAGGAUGACUGCUGUCUGCCCCUCAGAGAGCAGCCCAGAAGGGGCUGAAACUGGGACCAGGACAACGGGCUCUAGGGGUUCUGGGGCAGCAGGCACCACUGGGAGCAGCUCGGCUGAUACCGGGGAGUCUAAUGGAGAGUCUGCUGGAGGGUCUAUUGGAGGCACUGCUGGGGUUACUGGUGGCCAAAGGUAUACACGCUGGAGCCGCCAGGACAGCUCCGACAUCAACACGGAUGAUGAAGGGGCCACCAUCCGCCGUCUCACUCCGCUGGAAAAGCUGAAUCUGGAUAUGUGCCAAGAUGAAAGGGUGGUUCGUGAGCUAACAGUUGGGAGAAGAAUCGGCUUUUACAAAAUUCGAGGUGAAAUUGGAUGCGGAAAUUUCUCCCAUGUCAAACUAGGGAUUCAUGCCCUGACAAAAGACAAAGUGGCCAUAAAGAUUCUAGACAAAACCAAGCUGGACCAGAAAACACAAAGGCUGUUGUCUAGAGAGAUAUCCAGCAUGGAGAAACUACAUCAUCCCAACAUCAUACGCCUCUAUGAGGUGGUGGAGACGUUGUCACGGUUACAUCUAGUGAUGGAGUACGCAGGGGGAGGGGAGCUCUACACUAAGAUCACCACAGAAGGAAAACUUUCCGAUACUAGUAGCAAGAUUGUCUUCUCUCAGAUCCUCUCUGCUGUUAAACACAUGCAUGAAAACCACAUCAUCCACCGUGACCUUAAGGCAGAAAAUGUCUUCUACACCAGCAGCUCUUGUGUCAAAGUAGGGGACUUUGGCUUUAGUACCCUGAGCCAUCGUGACGAGACACUUAACACGUUCUGUGGUUCUCCGCCUUACGCUGCACCUGAGCUCUUUCGGGAUGAGCAUUAUGUUGGUGUCUUUGUGGACAUCUGGGCCCUGGGUGUGAUGCUGUUCUUUAUGGUGACGGGCACAAUGCCAUUCAGAGCAGAUACUGUGGCCAAACUGAAACGCUUCAUCCUGGAAGGGGCCUAUGUUCUGCCCUCUUGGGUGCCAGAGGCAUGCCAGAGGCUGAUCAGGGGAAUUCUCCAGCCUAUCCCGUCAGACCGCUGCACAGUGGAGCAGAUGAUGGGCUGUGAGUGGCUGCUCCCUGUGGACUUUCCGAGGGCCAUGGAGCCCUUUAAACUGGACCCUUCGUAUCUAGCAGAAAGUGAUCCAUCUGUGCUAGGGGAUGAAGAGUUGGAAAUAAAAAAAACAUUGGAGGCACUAGGAAUCACCUCAGAACACAUCCUCAACAACCAGGGGAAAGACUGCAGGAGCUCUAUUACAGGUGUAUACAGGAUCCUGCUGCACCGGGUCCAUAAGAGAAUAGCUGUAGAAACCAUACCUGUUGUCACACAGGUAGUUGGACCAACUACAACAAAUAAAAAAGAGCGGCUAAAGGUGUAUCGCAGUUUACGACACACAUCCAAACUCUGUGUAAUUCUGUGACAAAAUGCUCUGCUUUGCUCUGGAAAAAAGUAGACUUUAUAUUCUGGAAUGAAAUUGCAUGGAUUUCAUUAGAAAUAAAAAAGCGCAUUUCAGUCAAGCAGUAUAGAAUGAAACCAUGGUACAUAACUCCACAGCUUCUGAAAUCUGGGAUUUCUUGUUUUAUCUUUUUUCUAGUAAGUAAACUUAGUCUCUGUGAGAAUGUUGCUGCUGAUGAAUUUCAAUUGUCUCCUCUGUUGAGAUGGAGGGGGGCUUGUAAUCCUUGUGAGAUUUGGAAUUAUGGAAACAAAAUGUAUCAAGCAAACAUUACAAUUAUUAGAUGCUGUCACUUUAAUAUCUGUAUUUGUAGCAUACAAUUAGAAAAAUAGAAGUCCACACACACAUGCUAAGGUAACAGUUGUUAACAUGCAUGUGUGGUGUCUUCUAUGUGUAAUGUGCACUUUCUCCAAUGCCUUUUUUAAAUUGUGAUGAGAUCACACUGGUUUCAUUGUACUGUAAAAUAUAUGUGAGGAUUUUAGAUGCUAGAACUUCACUUUCUUUUGUGUGUCUCUAUGAGAUGCUCCUACUUUUAGACUGAUUAAGAUAAUGUUCCUUUAAUUUUCCAAUGGCUAGAAAAAGCCCCAAAAAAAUCUAACAUUAUCACUGACAUUCUCAGUUAUUAAUGUGGCAAAUCAAACCACUGUUGACCUAAACCAUUUAAGAACUAGAUUAAGUUUGUAGGUGUUUUUAUCAUCUCAUGCCAUGUCAUGCUCAUGUGCUGAUUAAAAGGAACUGAAAAUUGAAA